UGUGAAAAUUCGACCAUGGUAGAGCAGCUCUGGUAGUGCGCGCAAUAUAAACAGUUGAAGAACAGCUCGUAGAACACGGAGACAUGGCGAAGAAUCAGUGGCCGUAUGUCCACGUGCUGACGGUUGUGCUAGUGGUGGCUUCAGUCUCGCUGACGCGGGCAAGUGAUGCCACAGACUUUCGGGUGUUUGAUUUCGGUGAUGAAGACACAGAGUUCUUUAGCAGUUCGGCAUAUGAAAAGGCAUUCAAUGAUCAUAGUUCGUACUUCCCGACGGAUUUGAAUCUCGGUGCAUUGGACCUCAUUUCGGCUACGCCAAACUUUGCGAAGUUCCCGUCUCACAUUGACCCUAGUGAUGUUGAAGUGGCGCGUGCUAAGCGUAAAACAGUAACAUCUAGUGAAGAACAGACAAGUGAAGAAGAGGAUGGUGAUGAGAAGAGCGAUUCUAGUGAAGGAGCUGAUGGCUAUGUAGAUCGUUACGAACGUUUCGUCAGUCAUAACUUCAAAGAUCGUGACGAACCGAAACAGAAAGAUGAAGUUAAAGGCGAUGGAGCGAACUACUCGUAUCGCUUUGACUACUCUCCAUCGGAUGAUUAUGAAAGAAUCAAGCAGGAGUCUGAAUCACAGAGCCGUCAGCUGGCUAAGGACCCAAAAAAUUGUAAGUCCUUUAAACAGGAUGGCAUGUUAUGUCACGUGUGCCGUGAUCCCGCUACGGAUACGACGUCCGAAUCUUGUGCUUACGCUACUGUUCCACAUCACAAGAAGUUUGCCUUCGUAAAGCAGAAGAACUAUAAUAGCAAAGAUCAUGAGAAGGAUGACGAUGAAGAGGGAGAACACGACGAAGGAGCUCGAGAAGAUGAUACUGAGGAUGAAGAUGAUGACGGAGAUCAAAUCGAGAAAACGACGAAACCAUCUACACCGGCCAAACAACAAACUCAAACAGGAAAGAUAUCAAAUUUACCACAGAAACGUAAAGUAAUUCCGACAAAGAAGUCUGUGGUGCAUCAUAAACCGGGUCAAGAUGCCAUCAAUGGAGGUGGAUACCGGUACCAACCGGUUGACAUGCGUUCAAACAAACAGAGGUCACAGUCGGAUGCCACUGCAGCUAUCCACCCUGCGUAUUACGAUUUCUAUACACAAUUCUUCCCAGCAAUGCAUGGUGAAGGAUCCGGCCGUAGUCAGAAGAUGCAGCGGCAGCAGGAGGUACCUGCAAACAACGAGGACGUGUACGUGCUAAACUAUCAAAACCAGGAUCAGGUGGCAAAGGUGCUGGCCGACUUUGAGUCACGUGAUUGGUCUAACUGCAAAAAAGGUAACAAAAACGAACUAACGUGCUAUACGUGCACCGACAAGAAUGGUGUUAAACACGAGGAAUGCAUGUACCUUUCAGAAUCCCGUCAAGUCUCGGCUCAAGUUAAACCACCACCACCCCCACCUGCAGCAGACUCAACACCUCCAACAGCCGAACCGAAGAAAACUUCACGACGCAAAAAGGUCCAAACGGACAGCAGUGCGGAGAAAAAGCCGAUAUCGCCCAAACUGAAGAGGGUCAAUCCGAAGACGACGGGCGAAAAUAAGUCAGCCAAGUUACAGUUGGAAGAAGACGUGAAUGUGCAAGGCGACGAGCUCUCCAAAGGUCUCGAACGGCAGACGGUGAAACGGACCGUCUCGAUCAAGAGCCAUGUGGAUGGAGAUGGGUUGGAUCCGCUGGACGGCGAGCGUGUCGUGCACUACGAACAUCACGUUAGUCAUCGGCUGUAGGACGAAGUCAAUUUCGUGUUUAUUACUGUACCUAUUUGUUAGUAGAUUGUUUAUAUUGGGUUGAAAUAAACGUAUUCGCCUUUCCUAUUCUUCUAUUUCCUU